CAUCAAACGUUGAAAUAUUUAACGAUUCAACUACUUUUCAUUGCUUCAUUUCUGCAUUGGAGACAAUUUCAAAUAAUUGUUUUAUGUUACAAGUGGUCAUUCACGGUCCACUAAGGAAACAUCAAAAACUCCAAGAAAGUGUAGAGAUAUAACAGCAAAAAGUAUAAAAAAUAGAUAGUAAAGACAAAAUUAAGCGACUCGGCACAUGAUGGAACACAUAUCAGUUUCCUUUCCAGAUUCACUAAAUUUUCAGUUCCUUUCUGUUUGUCACUACAUAACCACCCUUGGAAUUAUAUUUUACAACAAAAAGCUAAUUACAUCCAAUCAACAAAGUCAAACUAUUUCUGUGCUGAACACUUUAUUUGAAUAUCUUAAAGAUUCCAACAAUGAAUCUGAGACAAAGCUUGAGCUUCUACAGACAAUAUUGAAAGGAAGUGAUCUCUAUGGUGGUGGCGAAAAUGAUAUGCUUGAUGCGUUAUACGUUGAUAAUACAUAUAAAUACAUCAUUAGAACGGCUUUGUUUUCUCAUUAUGGCAAUCUAAACAAAUAUUUAGCAAGAAUAAUCAUCAGGGCAAAUGAUACAUCUUAUUCCAAUGUUAUAAAAUUUAUAAAACAGGAGCACCAUUUCAAUUACAUCAGUAUGGAUUACUGCUUAAAUAGAAAGAAAAGUCCAAAACUUAAGUAUUUGUCAGUUAAGAAAGUUUAUUUUGAUUAUAUUCUACCACUGUUUCCCGAGCCAGACGAUAAAAAUAUGAACAUUAUGCACGUUGAUUAUAUAUAUGCAAUGGCUGGUUUAGAAAUGGUUAAAUCUAUACUAAAAGAAACAGUAUACGCUUCUUUUAGUGAUUACGUUAAUAUUGCACGAGUGUUUCAUUUACAGAAGAAAAACAAAAAAGAAACUUAUGAAAUACAAUUAGUAAUUUUCUUAGCACCGGCACUAUUUUUUUCUGCCUAUAAUGAAAAGGAAACAUACAGAAAAAUAAAUCAAAACUCUCUAACAGAGAAAUUUUUGAUUAUGGCAUAUGAAAAUUUGUUUUCCCAUAUUGCUUUAAGUCUGGAUAAUAAGCAGAUUAUUGAAACAGCGUACCUAUUGAAAGUCAUACAUAUUGGCUAUCCUUUAAUAAGAGAUCCUAAUUUUGAUUUAACUUUCUUUCUAAGCAAAUUUAGUUCCAAAAUAUUGUACAAGAUUUACUACGCUAUGCUUGAAAGAAUUCAAAACAAUUCUUCAAAUCAAAAUCUCCAAUUACUAUUAACAUCCAUGUUAAAGAAACUAAAAACGAAUAUGAAACUGUCAACCACAUUUAAUGGUCUGAAACGAAGGGUUUUACUAGAGGAGAAUCAUUACAAACUAGUUCAAUACUAUUAUCCAGGUGGUGAGAACUUCUUUGGACCCACGUGCUUAUCAUCAAAUGGCAAUAUUGCACAACUUAGAACCAUUGAAGGCAAUAAAUAUCCACUUCCAGUGUUUCCAAUACAUUAUGAGGCAAACAAAAUUUAUUAUCGUGAAUAUAAUCCAGCAACUAAUACGUUUUCGAAUGAUCCACUGGAAAUGGGAGAAAAUGAUAUUCUCCGAAAAAUGAUACAUUUUAAUCUUACAGAUACAAACAUAAAAACUAAUUAUCAAGUUAAUCCGAAUACAAUUAAAAGUCACGAACCACCGAUAAAGAAAAUGAAACCUAAUCCGUCUGAAAAUUUUAAUAUAGAAGAACAAAAUUUGGCUUUAGAUGUUAUUCCUGAAACACAUAGACAACUUAAUAUAAGAGGAAGUUUAGCAAGUGAUGAUAUUCCUAGUACUUCUAAGGGAUCUAAACAAGUUUUUACAAGAGAAGGUUUGACAAAUAAUGAUUUUCGUGAAACGAAAUAUUUGUCAUUACCUGUGGAAAAUAACAUAUCCGGCAUUUCAGAAAGUAACCUGAGAGAUAAUGCUCCAGGAACUCCGAGUGGAUCCAAACUUAGAAAAGAAGGUGAUGAUGAUACUGAAACAUCAAAGGCUGUGUUCUUCAAGGACAAUAAUAACAAUAAUCAUGGACAACUCAGUGAUGACAAUUUGUAUUAUAUGCAUAUGUUUGGAGAAGAAUAUUAUAAUGAGUGCGUUAAGGCUUUACAGCAAUUUAAGCAAAAAGGAUUAUUUGAAAUAAAAGAAGAUAAGGAAUUGUUGUUAAAAAUUCGAUUAACUCUCGAGUACUUAACUACUUUGCAAAGUAAUAGGAAUCAUCUAGGAAGGAGAGAACUGUGGUUUCGUCAAACCCUUUCUAACAACUAUAAUAUUCAUAGAAUUCUUUAUUUAAAGAAUAAGGACUUUCAUUUCAAUGAUAUUACCCUUCUGAAUGAUAUUUCAUUGGAAAUAAAACCAACAAAGGUGUUAGAAACUGAUUCUAUGAUAAAAAUACUCUAUCGCAUAAAUGCUGAUUUUCAAUAUGGACUUGUCGAUCUUGGAGCAUUUCAUUAUAGUUUUUUAAAUCAGUACAUUAUAUAUCCAGAAGUCAAUUUUAUUAUAACGCAUGUUAAAAACACAAAUGAAGGGGAAUUUUGUUUAUAUAUAACGCAAAAGGAGAUAGAAAAAGAUGAGUGGUUUAAAAUUAGACAAGAAGAAUUGAUGUCACUUAAAAAUGAAGAAAUGAUACAAAAUAAAAGAAGCGAAAUUAUUGAGAGUGCUGCAUACGAUAUAUCUUCAAAUUUAAUUCUACACAGUUUCAAAGAAUGGAAAGAGAAUUUAAAACAAUAUGUUUUAGGAAUCAGUAUGAUUCAAAAUAAUGUUCCUACAUAUGCUAUGUUUGUGGAAGAUCUUAAAUCUUUUUCAUCUCUACAAAAAUAUCAAUUUUUCAAAAUAAAUAACAUUUUCGUUAAAGAUUUGCUAUAUAAAAAAUUAUUAUAUAAGGUUAAUGAUUUAGAAUCAGCUAGGCAAAUAAUUGCCAAUACAUUUGAUGGGGUGAUCCGACACGAUGUGGAGUCUGUAUUUUUAAUGUAUCAUAGUUUAGGAGAUAUUGAGAAUCAAAUUCUAUUUGAGGACUACUACGUCAUCUAUUCAAGUCUUAAUGAUUUUGUAUCUAAUGUAGAAAGAUUUGAACCACGAUUUGAAGUUGCGUUAUACAGAUUAGCUCUAAGACAGUGCACAGAAGAAUUGAUGAUAAAUCAACCUGUUACCCUUUAUGUUGCUAUGAAUUUUCGUAAAUCAAGUUUACACCCAACGCUUUCUCAAAGGUCUCGAAUAAUAUAUAAGGAUCGAGAAAAUGCAUUACAAAAUGUUCCAAGUACUGAUACUGAUGAAGAAUUAGUAUUGUUUCAAAUUAAAAUGAACAGCCAAGUUGGAAUAGCAGACAUUGGUCGUAUUAUUGAAAAUAAAAAAGGAUUAUACUUUUUGACGUCAGGAAUAUAUUUAAAAAAGUUUGAAAGGACUUUUCGUGAAACUAUUAAUGGAAAGAAAGUAAGAAUUUGGCCGUUAAAUUCUGUUGACACCGAAAAAGAAAUACUUACAGUUCAAUUAGUAUACAAGAUAAAUGAGCUGCAAUCAUCCAUUACUACUUCUUAA